UGAUUGGAGGAGCGCAGGUUGUGGGCGGGAGGAGCAGGUCUCCGGGUCCGGUUUAGGGUGCUGCUGCGGCGCGAGGUGCGACGUGGAGCGGGCAGAACGAAGUAUUUCUACAAGCGACAUCCAGCGACACCAUGAGAGCAGACCACCCGCUUCCAGCUGACUAAUGCCGAACACGAGGCGUUGAUUGUUGGAGAAGAAGAAGAAGCCGGCGACAUGGACGGGGGCUUGACUAUCACGUUGAUAUCGGUGGCGAUGUUUGUGGGUUGCUUUGCACUUGGAUUCAUUCCACUGUUGUUCAGACUUUCUGAGAAAAGCCUGCAGUUUGUCUCCAUCCUGGGGGCAGGACUCUUGUGUGGGACCGCUCUGGCCAUCACCAUCCCUGAGGGAGUGGGCCUACUGGAAGAGUCGUGGAGAGCCUCCUCUUCCUCCUCUGAUGUGCCGCCCAUUCUGAACGCCAGUGAGAAAAAUAGAAAUGGCUCCGCCACAGAGAAAGGCCCUGCACCUCAGUUCCUCAUUGGGCUGGCGUUGACUUUCGGGUUCACCUUCAUGUUUGUGGUGGAUCAGAUCGGAAAUUACCUCUCCACGCGGGACUGGACGACUCGUUUGCCAAACACUGUCGGCAUCACCGCCACUUUGGGACUGGUUAUUCAUGCCGCAGCUGAUGGAUUUGCUGUGGGUGCAGCUGUGGCCACGGGUCAAGUGACCGUGCAGGUUAUAGUGUUUGUAGCUGUGAUCCUACACAAGGCGCCUGCAGCUUUUGGGUUGGUCUCAUUUCUGAUGCACGCUGGCCUUGAAAAGAAGUACAUUCAGGGACAUCUACUGGCCUUUUCAGCGGCAGCACCGAUACUCGCUGUCACUACGUAUUUCAUAUUACACGCAUCCGGCCCUUCGGCUCAGAGCCAGUUCAGCGCAACAGGUGUGGGGAUGCUCUUCUCGGCCGGGACUUUCCUCUAUGUGGCCACGGUGCAUGUUCUCCCCGAGGUCAGCAGCAGCAGGACGGGCCAAGCCGAGGGCCCCCAUCAGCAACAACUGGGGCUACUGGAGAGCCUCACUCUGAUCCUCGGGGUCGGGCUCCCGAUGGUGCUGGCUCUCGGGCUGCACGCCGACUGAGAAGGAAACGUCUGGUCCAUUAAGUGAAGCGCAGAGGGGGCACAGGGCCACUACACCUGGGGAAAAAAAACCUUGAGUUCACCUCGCUGUGUUUUAGUUUCAGUGAAACUCGCCUUUAAAGUCCAGCUAUUGUUUGAGUAUCAAAGUGGGUGUAAAUCAUGCUAAUGCCAUGCUUUGUCAUUGUGGAAUGAGUUUCCCUUCCAAGAAUGGCAAAAAGGGUGUCAUUGUUUGCCUUCUCAUGGCCCUUUCACCAAGUCAGUGGUGAAAUCAGUGACUUGAUACAUUUUGAACAACCAAAUAAUCUGAUACUGUAAGAGAUCUACUUUGUUAUAUACUCAGAGUCAGACUUUAGGUCUGUAAAUGUGUAACAUACAAAUUAAAUUCUUUUUUUGUUGUGUGUGUGCAA